GAGAAAACGUCAUUUAAUGGCGACAUGGAAACAAAACGAAAGAUUAUCAUAUGAGCUCUCUAAGUAAUUUUGUGAAAAUCUUAUUUAUAACAACAAAUAUUCAAUAAAACUUAAGUGAAAAUUGUGUUGCAUAUGCAGUGAACGAUUUGACAUUGCCAGUGAGCGAAUAAACUCGGCAAUUUUGUUCAAUUGAAGUGUCUCAAGUGUUUUGAUAAUGAAUAUACGACGAUAAUAGAAAAUCCAAAGGAAAAGAGAAAGCAUCGAUUGUUACAAGUUCUUAUUGGCUAAUUGACGUAAAUGAAUCGUGUCUCGUUUGGUAUCAUUCGAAAAUAGUUUUGAUGAAAAGUUUUGGGAAAAAUUGAAUGAGAAAAAUCCAAUGGGAGAUAAAUGCAGUGAAAGUGUUCAGAAAUUUCAAAGUGAAACUGCAGCGACAAAUCGAUUCGCUGACUAUUUCGUUAUAUGUGGCUUAGAUCUAAAUGAAGGACUGGAACCAGAUCGAUUUGCUGGUGACAGUCUACAUUGUUCACCACUAGACAGAGCAUACAAAAGUAAACCGUUAGCUCACUAUCCCGAAAAUGUUGAAUGGAAUCCGUUUGACGCACACGGCAUCUGUAUGCUAUCGCUUCCUCAGGGAUUGCGUUUCCGUACACAAAAGCACUGUAUAGAACCGAAGUUUCACUCGUUCGCCACCACACGCGAGGAUGGAAAACGAUGUCAUGGAUUCAGUUUAAUUUUCUACGAAGAAGUACGAAACCGAAACAUUUGUAAUGCGAUGCACACGUUACAGUCCAUGUUCAUCACUGAAUUAUCGAGUGGCCAAGGUUCGCCGGGAAUUCGACGUGUCAAAGAAAGCCCAGUCAGUAGAUCCCUUCCACGACAUUUUAAGCUAGCUACUCAUACUCCUGCAUCGGCGUUGAGUUACUAUGACAUAACAAAAGAUAAACUGUAUGUUGCCAAGAGUCUAUCGUUGGUGUGUCAAGUAGCCUACGCACAUGUGGCCGAGAUUUUUUUAAACAAUCUGUACAAAUGUCUUCCACGACAACCUGGACCUAGUCUAAGUUUAGAGAGUUACGUUUAUAAUAUUUUAUACGAGGUGUUGAUUCCACAACCAGGACGAUCAACGCGAAUAUACCUGCCACCUGAAGAGCCAAGUUUGCCGCCUAUACAAACCAUACUGCAGAGACCAAGUCUUAGUGACGAAUUACCGUUAAUGGAUUUUCCAUUGCGACUUUUAUUUUCCUACUUGGGUGUUGAAUGUGUUAUCCAACUGUUUUCUUGUGUUUUGCUGGAACAUCAAGUUCUACUUCGAUCAAACGAUUAUCAGAAACUGAUGGUUGUUGGCGAAUGCAUUACGGCAUUACUUUUCCCAUUUUCCUGGCCACACGUUUAUGCGCCAAUUUUGCCGGCAGCUCUCCAUCACUUCCUGGACGCUCCUGUUCCGUUUGUAAUGGGACUUCAUUCCGAUUCCUCUGAUUCGAAUUUAAAGAUUGGCAAUGAAGCAACACUGUGCUACGUUGACAUAGACAAGAAAAUGAUACAACUACCUGAAGAGCUGCCCGAUUUUCCGUACCGAAGUGAUUUUAUGGUGGAAAUAACUGCUAUGCUCGAUAAAUUCAACGUUGUACGCGACAAGUCCCAUGAGCCAACAAUCAUUAGUCCGAAGGGCUACAUUCAUCGACCCGAAUCGGAUGUAAUGACAUCCAGUUGCACACUACCAUCCGGUCUUCAAGUCAGACGGAAACAUUCGCUUCACGAUGUCCUCGAUUGGGAUAGACCAAAAUCACCGGACCAGCAACAACAAAUGUACACGUCGUAUGGACCGGGCCGUAGUGAAGCACUCCAGCUCAUUGUCGAUAUUGUGCGACGAUCCGGUGUUACACUGGAUGAGGUGGACUGUAGCAGAGAGGUUAUGCCAACGGCUCGUAAAGGCCCAUUUACACCUCACGAACAAUACUGUGAAGAUCUGAGAUUAAACAAUUCGAUUCGCGAGAUAUUUCUGAAUCGAUUCGUUCAAAUGUUUGCUGCGUACGAAAAUUUUGUUAUUUUGCCAAAUCAGGACAAGGAGGAAUGGUUUUCGAAUCGUGAAUCUCUGCAGAACUUUGACAAGGCCUCGUUCUUGUCCGACCAGCAGCAACACCAUCGACCGUUUUUGUGUCGAUUUCUGGAGAGCCAAAUGUUUGCCACACUAAUUGAUAAUAAAAUUAUGGCUGUUUGGGAUGACGAAAUGGAUGCAAGUCUGAAGUUAUUCGACAAUCGAAUAAAAAUACUCAAAAAACGUCACGGAGGUGAAAGCGUGAUUCGGACGGCCGUCUACGAACCAUGCAUUGUGACUCGUGAAACGCAACGUUUGCUGGAGAAGAGAUUGAAUAGCGUUGACAUGGAAGUUUCACCACCUAGCGAAAUUCUACCGAAUCGUCCGGCCUAUUUCCGAAGUUUUCCAAUUUUAGAUAAAUCAGUUUUGAACCAGGAAAACGCGUCUAGAGGGAAUAGUUUGCGAAGAGUUAAGAACGGUUCGAACAAAUGGCGUGCCAAAGAAAUAUCGAUCGAUGGAAAACCACCAGCAUUCAGUUCGGCUGCAGCAGCCGCUGCGUCGAAUCGCGGCUCAGCCAAUCUCUCUAAUACCGAUAUGAGUCCGGCGCUUAUCGAUCAACAGAUAGCAAAUUGGACGUUUGUCGAAAAGCUUCUCAAAGAUUGUAAGAGCAAAACAAAACGAAUGCUCCUCGAAAAAAUGGGCCAUGAAGCCAUUGGUCUAAGUGGUGAAAUAACCGUCGUUGGUGUAGAGGAAACGACACUCAUUUGCAGUUUGUGUGAUUUAUUGGAAAAAAUAUGGUCGCAUGGUCUACAGAACAAACAAGGAAAGUCCGCAUUGUGGUCACAUUUGCAAUCGUAUUUCGAGAUACAAGAGUGCAAUACUCCGUCCAACGGUAUCGACACCAAAUACUUGACACCAGCCCUCGCCUGGUCCGUUAUGAGGAAAAGAAUGGAUUAUCUGUCAUCCCUGGCUAUCGAACCAGAGCCGCCAACUAGUCCCACAAAUACGCGUGGUCGGUCCAAGUCACGUGAUCGCAAAAGUCUCGGACCGGAACAAUUACGCCCCCUACCUGAAUCCCUCGAAUUCGACAUCAAGAACAUUUUAUCGAUGACUGAUGUGAAAACUCACGUCGGAUAUGCUCGAGCGUGGGUGAGACUGGCAUUGGAAAAGAAGCUGCUGUCCAGGCAUUUCAGAACGUUACUAUCAGACGCGUCACUGUUACGCUCGUUGUAUAAACGGUCAGCAUUCUUGCGUUGUGAAGAAGAAAAGGAACAAUUUUUGUAUCAUUUACUGGCGCUGAAUGCUGUCGAUUAUUUUUGUUUUACGAACACCUAUCCAACAACAAAACUACCGUAUCGUGUGGUCAUAUUUCCAUCAAAAAAGUUCGGUGCUGCCACAACAUCAGCAAACGUUUGGGUGGCGAUCAGUGGUAACAUGGGCGAGACUCAACAAGUGAAAACACCUCGGGGAACUUUAGAAUUUGUUUUUCAUCAUAAGAAUCUCGGAAUUCUAACCACAUUAAGAAUAGGACAUGACAAUUCUGGGCCGUCGGCAAAAUGGAUGGUUGAGCAUGUAGUAGUUAGGAACGAAGUAACGGGUCACACUUACAAAUUUCCUUGCGGAAGAUGGCUUGGACUGGGUGUUGAUGAUGGUUCCACCGAAAGACUUUUAGUGGGCCAAUUAGUUCCUCGAACCGUUGACAGCGAAGACCUGGUAGAAGCAUGCCGAACGCCACCUCGAGCUCGUAGUCCAAGUAUACAUCGGAUGGAAAUACGACCAUCGGACAUACAACAUAUGUUGGGAGACUGUGUCAAUGCUAUUGUUAAAUGGCACUACCGCCCGAGUCGUGAAAGAGACACCGGUUCACUGACCAAUUUAUUAUGUGGCGAAGAUGGACUUGUAAAGUGUAUGGAAAGCGCGUUCCUGUGUGGCUUCAAAUCACAACGAUUGUUCGGUCGAAAUUUGUACAUUUGGGAUUAUUUCGUCAAAGUAAAGGAGUGCUUUGAAGCACAGCUGAUCGAAGAGACGGUUGAAAUUGUUGGACGUGGAUCGGCAUCGAAUUCCAGCCCAGAAUACGCGAAUUCGCCGAAUGCAACGACACUGCAAGGGCGGCAAGAAAUCGCCGCUAUAUGGAGAUGUUAUGUACAUUUGAUGGAUGAAAUCAACAAUGUAACGCACACACUAGGAAAGGAUGGAAAGUUUCAACUGUUCAUUUGUUUGAGCUUGCGGGAACACCUCCUGCACAGAAUGUUAGCUCCGAUGGCAGCUACACGCAUCACUCAGGAAAUGUACGAGGAACAAAGUUUCAUGCGAAAGAGAGGUUUGCUGACAUUCCUACGACAGAUCAUCGAGCCGUUGGACGAAUUCCACAUUGUACUGGAAAAUUCAAUUACUCAAGGGAUUCCAUCUCAGUGUUAAUUUUUUAAAUUAGAAAAUAAUUUCAUUUUGUUCGGUAAAUUAUAUUUAAGCAAUUUCAGACUGUGAAUACUUGAAAAUUUAUUUCGAUAAAAUACCCUGUCGAUAUUUCUAUUGAACUGUAUCGUGACAAAACCAAAGACAAAGACAAAAUUCUCAUUUUUAACCUAAAUUCUCACUCAAUUUUUUUUAUUUGGAAUUUUAUUUUGUUUCGUUGAUUCUAUUAAUUUUUCUUGUUCAGUUUUUCCUAUUUCUAGACAUAGAUAUUUGUAGCACUUAAGCUCCCGUAUAUUUUAAUAAAACAUAAACUUAUCUAGUCAAAGAGAGAGAUAGAAACAACAAAAAAUUAUAAGAAAAAAAACUCUACAAAAAAGGAAUAAAAAGUUAAUUUAAGACCGUUA